AUGGCGAGGUACUCCCAACCCUCUUUUGACUUCUACCAACCGUCUCCGUCAACGUUGGAUGCAAAAACCUCGUUUCCUGAAGAGGACGAGAUGAGUGUAUUGGACGACAAGAUCCUAGAUUCAACAUCCUCCGAACUCUCUUCCAUGGCUGAUCCUAGGAGGCCUUCAUAUGAUCACGCACCAGAUGCUUUUACGCACCGAGAUUCUGUCUGGUCCGAUUUCUCCCAUUCCGUCUCCAGCAACCAGUCCCGACACAACUCCCAAGUCAGCCAUCCUCUCUUUGAAUCCGCUCCCAACCCUUUUAUGCGAGUAGACGGCGCCCACCCCCCAGCUUAUGGCCAGCAUGCACCCUGGUCGGUUUCCAAGGAUUCUGGCUCAUGUACGCCAACAGCCAUGUAUGAGCACUUCUCAUCAGAUCUCGACAACGGCUCGUCUGCUCCUUUCUCUGGCGGUGCUGUGGGUCCCGUGAGUGCCAUCAAUAUCUCGUCCAUGACGUACCGUCCAAACAUGACCUUUGGUCCCUCUGGUGCCGUUGCCAUGUCGCCGCAGUCUAGUCAGGGUUGGAUGCCGGCAUCAACAGACAUGCCAGAUGCUGCUUCCCGCCCUACAAAGAGCCCUACAUAUCGAAAUGGUUCUCCCUUGAGUGUCCGACGGGACGGAAUUCGGAAAAAGAACGCCCGUUUCGAAAUCCCAGCAGAGCGGACGUUGAGUAAUAUCGACCAACUGAUCAGCCAGUCAACAAAUGAGGAGGAGAUCAAGGAGCUAAAACAACAGAAGCGGUUGCUGAGAAACCGUCAGGCUGCUUUGGAUUCACGUCAGCGGAAGAAACUACACACGGAAAAACUGGAGGAAGAGAAGAAGCAUUUUACUCAGUUGAUCAGCGACCUCGAGGAGGAGUUGCAGAAUAUGCGACUGCGCGAGGCUGAUCUCCUUCGUGAGAAGAGCGAGUGGAUUGCUGCUCAGCAGGAAAUUACCCAGUACAUCAACACAAUGCACAUGGACAAGGAUGAAAUAAUCCGGGUUCACACGCUAGAAACUGCCGAGCUUCGUAAGAAGAACAAUAUCCUGAAAGAAGCCGUGGAGAAGCUGGAGCGGCAUGCAAGAUCCUCCGCUCCCUCCAACAUGACGAACGAAUUCUCCGACUUCGAGAAUCUGACAAUGGGCAGCAGCCCCUGGGAGGAUUUCACCAUGGUCAAUAGCCUGUCUCUCGAUGCCGAGGCCGUCCCCACGGCCCCUACUGGGCAGUCAUCCUCUCUUGUGGUUGCGUCGAACGACAGGGUCACCGAGAAAACAAACGACUAUCCUUUCAGCUGGAACGCCUUCUACAUGUGCCUCCUCUUCGGAGCUUUCAUUGCAUCUAACAAUAGCUCAUUUUCUGCUCGCUCUAUCCCCCAGUUGUCGGAAGAAUACCGAGCCGAAUCAGCCAAUGUUUUGAAGGCUGUGCUGUCGUCCUCUCCGCCAGAGCUUGCUCAGCCUAUAGGUCAAGCUACUGUGGCUUCCUCAUCAGCGGCUCCUCUCCCAACCACCAUCAGCGGAGCAGAGAUGGCACAGAUGACUUCUGGCACUGCGCCCUCAAACCUGGAUGAGCUCCACAAUGCACUUGCCAUGCCGUCGAAGGAGCAAGAGCAGGAACAAGUUUUUUCUCUAAAUGCGGACCAGUACAAUUCCUUAACUACAUAUGAGGACACCAACGUCAACUACAAGCCCCAACAACCCUCCAAUCUUCAACAGGCCCUAGUUGCCAUGCGAGGGAAUAUGGCUGGAAACAAAAUGCCCAACAAAGCUACUUCGGACGUCUACUCAAGGUCGCUCAUGUGGGAUCGGGUCCCCGAAAAGGUAAUCCAGGAUUUCCGGCGGAUGGUUCAGGAGUAUGGAGCUUCUCCCGUCAAGGAAGAGGAUGCCCGCUUCAGUCAGGCCUGA